CAAAGGAGCCGACGAUAUUUUCUAAAAAUCAUUUACAGUCCAAACCUCGACUGCACAUUUGCAGUGAAAACCAAAAAAAAAAUAACCAUGUCCUUGGACCUUACCCUCGAUUCGAGCGAAGAAAUCCGCUUCCUGAGCAAAAUCAGCGGCCUUGUUAGGCAACUGCACAAAAGAACCCACUUCACGGCCCGGGAGCUGGAGAUCGUCCUGCUGCUGUAUUACAAACUACUCAAAGACGAGCACGACGCAACUCGUAGUGGAUCUCAAGCGCCAAUCUACAUCAGCCGGCAGCAGUUCACAACGGUGUUUGACACUGCGUUCGGUAUGGCCGAUAAUGUCAUGCUCGGGAGGAUUUUCGCCGCCCUGGACAAGGGUGCCACUUCGUACGUUACGAUGGAAACGUGGGUCCACACGUUAUCGCUGUUUCUGCGGGGAACCUUCGAGGAGAAACUCAAGUACUGCUUCAAGGUAUACGACAUCCAGGGAGAGGGGAUGAUUCGACGGGACCACAUGAUGCUGCUGCUGAGAAGUGCGUUUAUCAAACCCCAGGACGAGGAAGUGGAGGAAGCAGUCAAGGAUUUGGUGGACAUCAUACUGCACCGGAUGGACAUCGAUCGGGAUGGGUCGAUUUCGUUUGAGGACUACAGUCAAACCGUUCGAAGGGUGCCGGAAAUGUUGGAGUGCUUCGGAAAGGCUUUGCCCGAUCGUGGUCAUGUCUAUGCCUUUACGAGGACAUUUCUCGAGAGAGGGCGCAAAUUUUGAGUGAAUAAAAUUUGAAAGUGACUACAGUAA